UGCUGAACUGAGAAGACAAACACAGAGGAGAUGAAUAACUUCACCACACCUGAAACAUCUACAAACUCCACAACUCAGUCCAUUGGUCUAAUGGACAGUCUGGAAAUCUGUGUGUACAGCAUCAAUUUGUUUUUUAGUCUUCCUGCAAACUCCUAUAUUAUAUGGCUCAUCAUUACAAGAACACUAAGUGGAGUUGCAUCAGACUUCUUCAUCCUCAAUCUCUCUGUUUGUGAGCUUGGUAUCUGUCUGAAUGGUUUGGUUUUUAUACUGUCAAGGUGGAUCUCAAGUCUUGAGAUAAUAGAUGUUUUUUUAAUGGGACUUACAUUCACAGGGCGUCCUCUGUUUCAGUGUCUGAUGUGUGUUGAGCGUUACCUGGCAGUGGUUCAUCCUGUAACCUUUCUGAAGUACAAACCUCUCAGAUAUAGAGUGAUCUGCUGCACUGCUAUUUGGUUUAUUAGUCUUGGCUCAUGUUUGGUCUGCAUGUAUAAUUUAGCCUCAGACAAAAUUCGUGCACAUGGAUGGUUCUUGACCAUGCAGCUUACACUGAUCAUCUCCAUCCAGUUGUUUUGUCUUGUGGCUGUUCUCAGAGCUCUGAAGCAGUCAGGACCAGGAGAGAGAGGGAGAGAGAGAGAGGAGGAAAACCACAUGAAGAGAAGAGCGUUUCAUCUCAUUCUAGUAACUACUGUGAGCAUGAUUAUCCUAUAUUUCCCAAUUGCAAUCACGGGAAUCUCUGUCAUUCUGACAGCAGACAAUUCUCCAACAGUUUGGUUCACUAGUUUUACUUGUUUUAUUCUGGCUGGUUUUGUUCAGCCUGUUCUUUAUCUGCACAGAACUGGAAAACUCUCCUGCCUCUGUUCAUCAUAA